ACAGUCACGAUGGUGAUCAAUCCGACAUACCUGGCGCAGAGGACGCGAUCCUCCGUCAACUGGGCGGAUGCGAAGUCGCGAGUUCUGAGCAGCUACAGGGACUGGUUGAGGGCGGGCCCGGAGAUCCAGCAAAUGUACUCUCUCAACAUGCCAGUCUCAGCGAUCCGGACGAAGAUGCGGGAGGAAUUCGAGCGGCAUAGAUACGUCUCGAAAUUGAAGACGACGGAUGUGCUGCUGUUCAACAGUCACUCGGAAUUUCAGGAGACACUCAACUACUGGAAACAGCUCAAUCAUGUGCUGAAGUACUUUCGCGCCGAGGAGGAGCCAAAGGCGAGGCUACCGCAGAACUUCAUUCAGGGUUUCCUCGAGGGUCGGAAUUGAUGUGCUUCAAACUUGCGAGCUUUACUGUACUUGAGACUGUAGCAUGGUGUACAAACAUACCCGUAGAACCUGCUCUGUCUGCCAAUCAAAUCCACCAAAACACCAUUAUACU